GUGAUGAAUGCAAUGCGCACAAACGGUUGCGUGCAGACAAGAGCCGAGCGCCAACACGGUAAUUGCUUUUUCUACUCAAGAAGCUGAAAAUUACUGUCUUUGGACGUCUUUGCCUGCGGCAUUGAACAAACUCGUUUCGAGUGUUGCACCUUGCACGCCUCUGCGUGCUCUCUUAUUUGCCCCGCGAAGUCGUCAAUUCUCCAGACUUUGUGUAUAGAACCUCUCUAAGAAUGAGUACGCCCGGGCCCAAGGGAGCUCAGGAGCUCCCCGCGCCCGAGAUAGUCAUUUCAAGUCGCGCUGGCGAUGUGCUCAUCAAGCACACGACCCUAAAAGCUGACCACUUCCCCAGUUGCCACAACACCAAGCUGGUGCCGAUUAUGGAGGGUGCUCCCAACUUCCGGCAGAUCCCCAACGUGCCCGUGUACGGCGUGGCCAUCCCCACCGUCACCGGCCUGCGCUCCGCCCUCAACGCCGUAGGCGCAAACAAGGGCGCCCGCAAGGUGUACUGGCAGAACAUGCGCGAGGAGCCGCUGGUGUUCAUCAACGGAAACCCCUUCGUGGUGCGCGAGGCGGACCAGCCCUUUUGCAACCUCGAGUACACAGGCAUCGACCGCAGCCGCGUGGAGGACAUGGAGCGGCGGCUCAAGGAGGACAUCCUGGGCGAGGCGGCGGCGUUUGGCAACCGCAUCCUGGUCAAGCACGAGAACGAGGACCUGUCGCUGUACGACCACUGGGAGCCCGUCACGGCGGCGGACGUGCAGACGCCCAACGAGGUGUACGCCGAGCUGCGGGCCGACGGCUACCACAUUGACUACCUGCGUGUGCCUGUCACGGACGAGAAGGCGCCCAAGGACUCGGACUUCGACAUGCUCAUCCAGCGACUGUGGCCCAACCUGGGCGGCGCGGCAUUCAUAUUCAACUGCCAGAUGGGCCGCGGCCGCACCACCACCGGCACCAUCAUCGGCACGCUGCUGCACCUGCGCAAGCUGGGCGCCUUCCCGCCCGGCGCCAAGAACAACAUGCCGCUGUCGCCCGCCGGCUCCGGAGCCGACCGCGCGGCGGCGGCGGCGGCGCCCGCGGUGCCGGUGUGGUUCCCGCUGGCGCUGCAGGCCACGCCGCCGGUGGGCGAGCAGACCAAGGACAAACUCAAGUGGGGCAUGUACGACGUGGUGCGCUCGCUGCUGCGUGUGCUUGAGAACGGCGUGCAGGGCAAGGCGGUGCUGGACGCCGUGAUCGACCACUGCAGCCAGAUGCAGAACCUCAGAGAGGCCAUCGGCUCCUACCGCAGCCGCUUCCUGAAGGAGAUGCGCGAGCGGCAGCGCGCCUCGCUGCUGGCUGCGAGCUUCGCGGACUGGAUGGCGUCGCGCCCCGAGCUGCGCAGCAUCCUGAUGCGCCUGCUGCGCCGCAACUCCAUGGCCGCCCUGGACCUGCACCUGCCCGUGGCCGUGGCCGCAGCGGGACCCGAGGCGCCGCCGGGGCUGCCCGCCGGACCCACCAGCGGCGACGUCACGGCGGCGCGCAGCGGCGCAGUGCUGGGCCCCUUCACCAUCCUCAAGGAGGACCAGUUCCCGGGCAUGCGCAGCCACAAGGUGCCGCAGCCCAUUGACGGCGCGCCAAACUUCCGCGGCCUGCCCGGCAUGCCCAUCUUCGGCACCGGCAUGCCCACCAUCGAGGGCAUCGUGGCGGUGCUGAGGGUUGUGUCUGGCAGCACCAGCCCCAACGCCUCCAAGCGGGUGCACGCGCUGUGGAUCAACAUGCGCGAGGAGCCGGUGGUGUACAUCAAGGGCCGCCCCUUCGUGCUGCGCGAGGAGCGCCGGCCGCUCAAGAACAUGGCCGAGUACGCGGGCAUUGAUGCCGAGCGCGUGGCCAGCAUGGAGGAGCGGCUCAAGCGGGACGUGCUGGCGGAGGCCCAGAAGUUCGGCGGGCGCAUCCUGCUGGCGUACGAGAGCACGGCGGCGGGGCACGUGGGCGAGCUGAGCGACGCCUGGGAGACCAUUGCGGGGCCGGAGGACGUGCAGACCAGCGCCGAGGUGUAUGCGGGGCUCACCAGCCAGGGCUUCGCGGUCAAGUACUUCCGCGUGUACCGCAAGCCCCGCUCCAGCUACACCUACAUGCGGCCGGAGAUGCAGCAGCGCCACGCCGCCUUCAAGCGCGGCUCCGCCUACCUGGAGCGCUACUGCCAGCUCAUCGCCUUCGCCUACUACCUGGAGCACGUGGGGCCCGAGGCAGCAGCAUUCCAGGACUGGGUGGCCAGCAGGCCCGACCUCAAGUCCGCCUUCACCUCCAUCCAUGAGAACCCGGGUGCCGCGCUGGCGCCGGUGCCGGUGGCCAAGCUGCCCACCGUGUUCCGGGCCGCCAGCGCCACCGGUGAGGACGCGGCGGACGGCGCCGCCGCCGACCAGCGGCAGGUGCUGGCGCGGCGCAAGGGCCGCACCCUCACCAAGCGCACCAUCCUCAAGUCCUACCUGCUGCCGCGGCCACACAAGCCCCAGCAGGCGCCCGGGGAGGCGGCGGCAGUGGAGGAGGCGGAGGUGCCGCAGCACGUGCAGGCGGGGCCAUUCCCCGUGUUCAGCGUGGGCAACGUGUCCAGCUCGGAGCUGGGGGCGCUGCUGAAGCACCUGGGCGCGGGGCCGGACGGCAGGUGCCACGUGGUGGUGGCCGACGUGCGCGAGGAGCUGGUGGUGUACGUCAACGGCGUGCCGUACCUGCGCCGCGAGCUGGAGAUGCCGGCCGCCGCCAUGCACCACGCGGGCGUGCACGCGGCGCAGCUGCAGGAGCUGGAGGCGCUGCUCAAGGAGGACGUCACGGACGAGGCGGCGCUGUGGGGCAGUCGUGUGUUGCUGCACCGCGAGGCUCCCCACUCACACCACCAGGCAGCAGCAGCAGCGGCGGCGGCGGCGGCGGCCGCCGGCCAGGCGCCUCCCGCCACGCCCACCCGCGGCGGCAGCACCGGCGGCGCGGCCAGCGGCGACGCCAACGGCCACAGCCCGGAGCCCGCCACGCCCGCCACGCCCGCCACGCCCGAGCUCGCCGCCUCCGCCACCCCCGCCGCCGCCGCCGCCGCCGCCUCCGCCGCCGCCAACCCGGACGACGUGACGGGCCUGGUGGACAUGUACCCGGGUACUAGUGUGGAGCCGUUCUGGGAGGCGGUGGACCCCGACUCCACCACCGCCCUGCUCACGCCGCUGGAGCUGAUGCAGCAGCUGGAGGCCGCGGGCUACCGGCUGUCGUACCGCCGCAUCCCGCUGUCGCGCGAGCGCACGCCCGAGGCGGCGGACGUGGACGCACUGCACGCGCAGCUCACGCACCUGGCGGGUGACGCGGCGGAGGACCUGCGCGGCGAGGAGGCGGCGGCGCUGGCGGGCCUGGGCAGCCGCGGCCCCGGCAUUGUGGUGCACCUGAUCCUGUCGCGCACCGCCACCGGCUCCAGCGCGCGAUUCGUGGCGGCGGCGUGCGGCACCUACCUGUCCCGCCAGCAGUCGGGCCACGCCGAGUCGGCCGGCGGCGCCCCCGCCGGCGGCCCGCCCGGCCUGCCCUUCCUGCAGUCCGUCCCCGGCGGCAUGCGCGCCUCCUCCUCCGGCGGCUCGCCGCUGCAGUCCUCCGCGGCCCUGUCGGGCGGCGGCGGCGGCGGCGGCGCGGCGGCGCUGGGGCUGGAGGCGGCGGCGGGCGAGUACCGCGGCAUCAUGAGCCUGUGUCGGCUGCUGCCGGGCGGCUUUGAGGCCAAGCUGGCGGUGGACGCCGCAAUCGCCGCCAUUGCCAAGCAGGUGGGUGACCUGCUGAAGGACAUCCAGAACUGCAAGGCUCAGGCGGAGGCGCCCGCCGCGCCCGCCGCCGACACGCCCGGCGGCGCGGCGCUGGCGGUGGCGCCGCUGGGCCCGCAGUUCGCGGCGCGCCAGCUGGGGCUGCACUACCUCAAGCGCUACUUCCUGCUCAUCACCUACCGCUGCUUCCUGGACCACUCCGCCUACAAGCUGGGCGGCUUCGCGGACUGGGUGGCACAGCAGCCCGAGCUGCACCACCUCGCAAACCACCUCACACUGGACCUGUAGAGGGGCAGGGGGAUGAUGGGGAGGGAGGGAGCGGAAGAAGAGGAGGGAGGCGGGGGCGGCAGAUGGUGGCAGUAGGGGCUGGUGGAGCUGUGCAGCUGUGGGGCUGGCGGGGGGGGGGGCGCGGUGCCGCCGACUAGCUGGGCAGAGGUGGUGUGCCAAUGGCUUAGGGAAAUAGCGUCGGUGGUGGGGUUGGGGUCGAGCCGAGUCGAGAUCGGCAGGCAGGCACCAUGAAAGGUCAUGAAAGAUUAUAAAAGAUCGCGAGGGUGUGUGUGGCACGCGAUAAUGCGUUGCUAGAUUGCGAUGUAUGGACACGUUCAUGCCGCCACUGCGGGUUUUGUAUGUGGCUAGAGUUUCGCCGAGGUUGCCUGCUGUGAGCAUUGCGACGUUCCCUACCCGUAGACCAUAGUACUGGUGGGGCGUGUGAAAGCAAAAGCAGACAGGGCGCCGCGGGAUGCCCCGGGUGCGCAUCGAAACCGGCAGGGGUGAGACUCGUGAGGGCACUGAGCGAGACGUGUGGGGUUGCGCUGUCGGUUGUGGGCAAUCUUGCGUGAAGGAAGCACGGCAGCUUGGGGACAGGUGUUCUUAUGACAGCGGGGGGUUGCGCUCUUCAGGACGCGCAAUAGCUUGACGACAGCUGUUGGUAUACGGUACGGCGUGUGCGCGCUGCAUCGUUCCGGCGUUGACGCUGUCCUUGACGCUGUCACGCUUUCAAGCAUUGCCAUCAGUUGCAAUGCUUGGAACGGCAGGCGCUGGUUUCCGGGGGGGGGGGUAGCCAUCCAUGGGAUGGUGUGUGGGGGGGGCACGAGGCGCCAGGAGCUCGGGCUGUGCCUGCCUCGUCGUGGUGUGGUUGUGUGUUGGGCGCUUGGAUGCGAUCUUUUUGAGGUCCUGAGCGGGUCAGAGACUCGUAGAGCCGCUUGUAACGGGGAGAGACG